AGGCUUGAGUCUUUGUCAGGCGCAUCGAUUACUCACAACUUCGCAUGUAAAUAAACCGGUGCUUACAAGAUUCAAUUGAGACUUGAUAGUGCACCGAUGUAAAAUAUUCACCUUCACUAGUCUUUACAAAAUGUAUAACAUAAUAUUGUACAUUGCAUAUAAUUAAAAAAUUGAUUACAUCUUUUAGAAGUAGGCUUACAACUAAAAUUAAACUUUUUUGUAGAAAUUAUUUUUAAAAUUGAAUAAAAAUGCCAGUUUUUUUAGAACCAGUGACAGAGCAAAUACCAGCCCAAUCAAUAAUUAUUAUACACCCAGGAUCAAAAAACCUACGUAUAGGUAAAGCUUCUGAUUUAAAUCCAAAAGUCAUUCUUAAUGCAGUAGCAAGAAAAAGAAAACCCAAUGGAAUGAUCUACAAAGAUUCAUUCUUACCUCCUAUGGUACCACGUUCAAAAGAGCUUACACAAAUAAUGGAAGAAUCAAGAUUACAAGUCUCUCAUACACUGCAGUCUAGUUUACAAUCAGAUGGAAGAAGAAGAUAUGCUACACCACCCCAACAAAUAGCAGCAUUUAAUCGUAGAUCUACUUCUGAAACUCAGUCAGUAAAAGAAGCUGAUUGGAUAAAAAGAGAAGAUGACUACAUAGUAGGUGAUGAAAUCCUUGCUCUAAAAGAUGAUGAUACAUAUAAUAUUCACUUUCCUUACAAAAGGGGAGAAUUAAAUGUGCAUAGUGGUCCUGGAGGUAGUUUAAAAUCUAUUUUAGCUGAUUUAAAAGUGAUUUGGGAGUAUGCAUUAGAAGAAAAAAUGGGUAUACCUCUGAAAGACAUGAAACUUUAUAAAGUAGUUUUGAUUAUACCAGAUAUUUAUAAUAGAUUAUAUUUAAAAGAGCUUACAACACUUCUGCUAUGUGAAAUAGGUUUUGGUGGCUGUUUUCUAUUACAGGAUCAUGUUGCUGCAACGUUUGGGGCUGGACUUGGUUUUGCAUGUGUUGUUGAUGUGGGUGCUGAAAAGACUUCAGUUUCCUGCGUAGAGGAUGGUAUAUCUCACCGUGAUACUAGAGUUCGAAUAGACUAUGGAGGUUCUGAUAUUACUCAAACCCUCUUUUGGCUACUACAAAAAUGUGCUUUUCCGUAUAAAAACUGUGAUGCUACUGAUAAAUUAGAUGCUAUGCUAUUAGAUCAAUUAAAAAAAGAUAUUUGCCACGUAGAUUUAAAUAUUUGUGGUUCACAAGAAAAGACUUUUACUGUCAAAAAACCAGGAAUGCCAAUUGAAGCGUAUACUAUUCAGGUAGGAGAUGAGUGCCUGAUAGCACCAUUGAGUUUGUUUCAACCAGAGCUAUUCAAAGUCACAGGAGUGCAUAGUUUUCAUACUCAAAAAAGAUUCAUUGGAGAUUCUGAAGAUCCACACGAUGAGAAUUAUCUUCGAGAAACUAGUCGAAAGUAUACAAAAGAUAACUCUGAACAUAGCGCAGAAAUGCAAGAAGAAGCUGCUAUGCAUACAAAUGCUGGUGAUGACGAAGUAGUAGUUGAUAACGUAGACUCUGCGCCAAUUUCUAUCAACAAUAAGGAACCUGAUGCUCCGAGAGAUUUCAUCGUAGGACCUCAACAAUCGCUCAGUCUUGAUCAUGCUAUUUUGCAAAGUAUUGAUCGUUGUACUACAGAAGAUUUGAAACGAAAAAUGUAUAGUUGUAUAUUAGUCGUUGGAUCAGGUAUGAAAUUUCAAGGUAUUGGUAUGUGGUUACACAAUAGAAUAUCUUUGCAAAUUCCAUAUAUGUUUCGUGCAGAGCAAAUGGAUAUAAUAACUUUGCCAAAAGAAAUUGAUCCAGGUAUGACAACCUGGAAAGGAGCUUCAAUUUUAAGUUGUUUAGAAUCAGCUCAAGAAUUGUGGAUUAAUCGUCAAGAAUGGGAACAAAUUGGUGUGCGCCUUUUGCGAGAGCGAGCUCCAUUUAUGUGGUGAUAAAAAUCUAAAGAUAAUUGACUUAAAAUCAAUUAUCUAAUAACUCAAUCUUAUACAAAAAAUAGUUAUAAAUUUUUAUUAAUAUACUUAUUUUAAUAUGACUCACACAUUGAAUCUGCUUAAGAAUUUCUUACAGCUAUUGUAUAUAUACAUUUUACAUAAAUUGAUU